AUGCACCAGUUGCCUCAACCGACAACCUCCAGCUUCAAUCGUGAUGAUAAAAAUGGAAUCCAAAGAAAUGGACGAUCACCGGCAACUCUGAUUGCGUUCGCCACCAACAUUGAAUUGGAAACACAAGAUUUCACUUUCGUGGAACGUAAAAACGAAGUUGACAAGUUGCCGUACAUGCUCUCACCAAAUGGAAAAGGAGACCUUCUCAAUUAUGCUGGAGAAAACAUUGCCGGAUUGAACAGUGCUCAACUCUACGUGAAGGUUCCAGGAUCCAGAACCAGCAUUCACCCAGAAAACAGUGCUCUCGCGUCCUUCAACCACAAUAUCGGUCCUGGCGAUUGUGUUAGGUACUGUGUCCCAUUGAAGUAG